AUGACCCUUUUCCAACGACUUGCUAAUAAAGAAUUUAACGAAGAAGAUACAAAAAUUAUCGAAAGAAUUUGUGAAUUAGCCAAAACAUCAGUAGAUGUAGCUAUAAGUCAAAUGUUUCACUAUUUACCUGAUUUAUUUCGUAGUUGUCAAGAACAAUUUUUUGCCGCAUUCACUGAUAUUAAUCAUCGAGCUGAACGAGAUGCCUAUCAAGUUGGUCAUAUACGUCCUAGAUAUACAUGGCCAAUAUCAUUUCCUACUUCGAAGAGAAUACAUAUCACACUUGUUUCGCGAUUCCUAUUUCAUUCACAAGAUAUUAUUGUAGGACAAUUUGUCGACCAAUGGAUUGAAAAAGAAUUAUCCAAUAAAAUAGCAACAAAAUGUCUUAUUCUAAUUGGACCAGCUAAUACAGGAAAAACAACGUUUGCUCGAUCGUUAUCAAGUUUUUAUAAUUAUUAUUAUGAAGAUGAAUGGGAUCCUGAAACUUUCAAUCCAUCUGCACACUAUACCAUAUAUGAUAAUAUACCAUGGGAUAGAUUUGAAAAUAUCGGUUAUCCGCACAAGAAACAACUUCUCCUUCAAGGUGGUCGAAUUCAUACAAUUAACAAUCGUGGCAAACCAGCUAUAGUUGAAGUUUAUCAACCGGCUAUUGUACUUCUUAAUCCUAAAAAUCAAGGUUCAUUAAAAGAUAUAUCAUGUACGACCAAUCAAUAUGAUGAUGACAAUGAUAACAAUUUCUGGAAUCAACAUGCUUGUAUUUAUCGUAUGAAAGAUGGUGAAUCAUUUCAUUUACCUUAA